AUGUAUGCGGGUUUCUCUAUCAAAGGAAAGUGUUUCAUCGAUGUUCUUCAUUUUGCCGAUGAUACGUUAUUGGUUGGAAAUGGUAGUUGGAACAACCUAUGGGCUAUCAAGGCGGUUCUAAGGGGCUUUGAGCUUAUAUUGGGGCUUGGUAUCAACUUUUACAAAAGCAAACUUAUAGGGUGUAGGCGAGAAGAAAAUGAUUUCAUUUCUCUAAGAAUUCGAAUUGGAAGCAAUCCUAGAAGAAUAAGUACUUGGAAGCCACAUUUGAGCAAAAUUAGAAAAAUGAUGUCAAGUUGGGAAGGGAGACAUAUUAAUGUAGGAGGAAGAUUGACGCUUCUUAAAUCGGUUCUAGGGAGUUUAGCCAUCUUCAAUCUUUCUUUCUACAAAGCUCCGAAAUUCAUUAUUAAGGAGAUCACCAAGAUUCAAAGCAAUUUUCUAUGGGGAGGGAAGAUGGAUAAAAGGUGCAUCCAUUGGGGUAGAUGGAAAAGGGAUGUCUCUGUCGCCGCAAUGGGAGGAUGGUCGGGUGGCAUUUGGCAUUGGGGGGACCUCGGGACUGCCUCUGCUCAUUUUCUGAAUGCAAUUGCAGCUGCGGAAAAGUUGUAA